CGCACGCUUUCUGUCUCUUUACUGACUCUCCUAGCUCAGCGAGGGUCGUAUUUAGCGUGGUCUGAUCCCCGUGGGAGUUUCUGCGCCAGCCCCGCCCCUCUCGGUCACCGCGCGCAUGCGUGUUGGCACGUCCAGUGUGGAAGAAGACGGUAAACUGAUGGAUCCGACGCCUACUUGGCUUGGUUUGGCGGCCGUAGUAGCUGUGCUAGUGGUAGUCCUCUCAUUGAUAACCUUCAGUACGAGAAACAGAUAAACGCGAUGCGAGUGGAACCAGAGGCCGAAGACGCAGGCGGCGGACAACAACAGCAAACAGCAGAUGGGGCGAGGUAGGACUCUAGAGCUAGAGCGCAGCUCUGAGGAGAGCCCGAGCCAACAUAGCAGGGGAGGAGGUGGCGAAGAAGAUGGAAGAUCUGGCCGUUCCUGAGGAAGAAGAGGCAUCUCCGUUCAGAAAAAUUGGUACGAAAAAGCUUCGCAAGAUGAAGGACAAGGCAGAGAAGAAAGUCAUGAGAGAGGAGGAGGAGCAGGAGAGUCUGAGGUUGAGAGCGGAAGGAGAGAGAAGAAGGAGAGCGACGGAAAGGAGCACGAGGAGUACUGAAGCGACUCGGGAGGCAUUCACAGUGGAGGAGGAAGGGAGCAGGGUGAGAGGAGGAGGAGGGGAGGCAAGAGGAGUGCAGGAUUCAUCGGACUGCCAUACAGAGGGAGAGAAGUGGUGUAGAGUGGAGAAUCUUGCUGUAGCGUUCACCUCAAAACUCAAUAAGAACAAGCUGUCAUAUGUUGGGUCAGUGGAUGCCAGGUCUCAGGGGAUGCUGGCUGCCUCCUCUACCACGGGACUCAUCCUCCAGGGAAGACCUCGAACUCUUCCGGCUAAAUCGGCUGCCGAAGUGAAAAGACACCAGAAACUCUACGAAGAGAUGGUGGCUGGUGCUCGCAGAAAAGAGCUCCAGAAGGCAAAAGAGACAAUAGAGAAAGAGAAACAAAGGAGACAGAGAGACAAGAUGGUGACCGACUCGCUGCUGGUUUGGCAGAAGGUGCUGCCCAACUGGGAGAACAUGAAGAGCAGUAAGAGAGUGAGAGACCUGUGGUGGUUGGGCCUGCCUCCCGGAAUCCGAGGGGAAGUUUGGAAACGAACUAUUGGGAACGACCUCAACAUAUCACCCGAACUCUACCAGAUCUCUCUGAGUAGGUGUCGAGAGCGUCUGGCAGCAGUGCAGAGUCGGUCAAGGGCCGACUCGUCAGGGUCUCUGAGAGGGAUCAACAGAGAGCAGAGUGUGGAGGUCAUCCAUCUCGACGUGUUGAGAACCUUCCCCACCCUUGGCUUCUUUCAAGAGGGUGGCCCCUAUAAUCAGAUGCUGCACGACGUCCUCGGAGCGUACGCCUGCUACCGACCUGACGUGGGCUACGUGCAGGGAAUGUCGUUCCUGGCCGCCGUCCUCUUGCUCAACAUGGAUGCGAGCGACGCCUUCUCGUGUUUCGCCAACCUCCUCAACCGCAGCUCCUACCUGGCCUUCUUCCGAGUGGACCACGGCCUCAUGAGGCCCUACUUCUCGGCCUUCACCUCCCUCCUCCAGGAACACCUACCUCGACUCCACGAACACUUCACGAGGCUAGAGUUCUCUCCCGAGUACUACCUCAUUGAGUGGAUAUUUACGAUGUACACUCGCACCUUUCCUCUGGAUGUGGCCUGCAGAGUGUGGGAUCUGUUUUGUAGAGACGGCGACUGUUUUCUCUUCAGAACAGCUCUUGGUGUUUUGAGGUUGUUCCAGAACGAAGUAAUGGAGAGACACACAAUUGAAGAGGUGGGUCAGUUCCUCGGCCACCUCCCAGACUUUGUAGAUGGCGACACGCUCUUCCAGAACAUAUCAACCAUCAAUCUCACAGCAAAGAGAUUCUCCCAGUGCCUCCAGCAGCACUCCUCAAGCAGCAGCAGCUGA